AACGCAAAUUGACGUGGUUAGACUUUUACAAACGAUGAAACUGGCAAAGUCAGUCUGCGGCGACGGCAACGACUAUGAAAUCCUGGCCGGCGCCAAAUCCCCCCGAUCCACCGCUGAAUCUUCUCCGACGCCACGCAAUUAUCCGAUAAAACAUACCAAAGGAAAACCCAUUUCCGUUUUUUUAUUGAAUUGCAGAAUAGAAUCGUAAAGUUUCAACUUUGAACCGAGCAGCGCCGGAGACGAGGAAGAAGAAGAAGCAGAAGAAGAGGGACUAUGGCCUCGCCGUCGUUGUUUACCGGCGAGAGAGCAGUGAUGGCGGUCUUCGUGGCUCGGAUCAUCUCAUUGGCUCCGUAUUCCUUCCUCUACGAGGCUAUAUCUCUUCUUAUCCUCUCUAUUCUCGCUAUCUCUGUCGAGAUCUUCGCAGACAACCACUCAUCAACACGUCUUUCCAGUCCAUUCAAGACCAGGCCGGGAGCUUCCUCAGGAAUUUUUCUCGGGGCAGUAACACUACCCGGGCUUAUGGUUUCGAAGUUGAUUCAAAUGUCAAGAGCUCUCUCCUUUGGUGAAGUUAGACUUGAAGAGCUGGAAUAUCUGCAAGUACUGUUCUGGGUCACAUCUACCAUUUGCUUCAGUGUGCUAGUUUUCCUAGUUCUUGUACCUUUCCGUGAACAGUGCUUAAGCCAUUACAUCAAAUCUUCCUGGAUCAUAAGCUGCAUUUGUUUGUACAUAGGAGUCUGCUGUUUUUAUUGCUAUCUGACAUCUCAUCCAGGAUGGUAUGCUGCACUUAUGCCAUUAUGGCUUUCUUUCCAUGGUCUUGCAGCUGUAAUCCUAAUUGUACAUAUCCUCAAUACUUUUCCUGCAUGCGCUUCCAUUGGGGAAGCAUUGUUGGUAACAUCUGGCCUUGUUGCCUACGUUGGAGACAUGUUAGUUUAUACAGCCUCUAAGACCCAUAAAUACCUUCCAUUAUCAAAUACGGUUGUAAUACAUUAUAUAUCAAGAAGUGAGACGAGCACCAUAAUUCAGGGAAUGACCAUUGGCCUUCUUCUUCUUCCCAUGUGUUUUAAAUCGAUUAUCCAAGUUUUGGAGCACUUUGCCUUCUCGCCAUAUACCGGAGGCACGGCAGAUAAUGGGAUCCGAAGAUCUUUUCUGUUCUAUGUUUUACUGGCAAUUAUUAUGGCUGUGGUUGUUCCAUCAUGGAUGCAAGUUGUUCAAAAUUUCCAGAUGCACCCAUUUCUUUGGGUAUUCGAUUUUGUAUUUUCAGAACCACUAAAGAGUAUUUCAUUAUGCAUAUAUUGGUUGAUUCUUAUAUAUGCAUCAGUUGUACGGUUUUACAACAUUUCAAAACACAGUAGGAUUGAAAGGAUACUUCUUCGAAAAUACUAUCAUCUGUUGGCAGUGAUGAUGUUUAUUCCGGCACUAAUCUUUCAGCCAAAGUUUCUUGAUCUGGCGUUUGGUGUAGCAUUGGCAAUUUUUCUGGUGCUUGAAAUUAUCCGCAUUUGGAGAGUUUGGCCAUUGGGGCAGCUUGUGCACCAAUUUAUGAAUGCUUUUACCGAUCACCGUGACUCUGAACUUCUUAUUGUGAGCCAUUUCUCACUAUUACUUGGAUGUGCACUUCCAAUCUGGUUGUCUUCUGGCUUCAAUGAUCGACCACUAGCCCCUUUUGCUGGGAUCUUAAGUCUUGGAAUCGGUGAUACAAUGGCAUCAUUGGUUGGCCACAAGUAUGGAGUUCUACGUUGGACCAAAACUGGCAAGAAAACCAUUGAAGGAACCGCUGCUGGAAUAACGUCUGUCCUAGCUGCAUGCUCCGUUCUACUCCCACUUCUAGCAACCACCGGCUACCUCUUAACUAAGAACUUGUUCUCUCUCCUUUUAGCUGUAACACUUAGUGGUCUAUUGGAGGCCUACACUGCCCAACUAGACAAUGCCUUCAUACCUUUGAUGUUCUACAGCCUCUUGUGUCUUUGAAAUCCCAGUCUUAUUGCAAGAUUUACUAGGAAUUUGUUUUUGAAGGCCAAGUUUUUGCAGGUUUCAGUAUAGUUUUUGUUUUAACUUGUAAAAAAAAAAAUUCAUGUCCUAUCAAAGAUGAGUUUGGCAAAGUGAUUGUAAAGAACUUGGAGAAAGACAUACGGAGUAGUAAAUUUUCACAUUUACU